CCCUGUCUUGCUAAUUUAUUUCGACGCGACGCGAGUGAAGAAAAACAAUUGAAUUUCUUUUUGUUUAAUCGUGGAGAAUCGUGGCUAGUUAGCAGAAAAACCCAUCUUUAAGACACCAGGCGAGACGGGCGCCACCAGAUGAUCAAUUCGUGAACAAUGGCGCUGCUCAAGAGGAAAAUCUUGCACUCGGCCGCAAAUUCGGGCGCCGAGGUGGACUACAAGUUUUCUUGUCGGUGCUGUUUGAAGACGGAUGUGGAGUACCUAAAACUGGACUCGGUGUCGGUGGCGCGCAGUCUGGAUCCAGCGGAUAAAGCGGACAAGAUUCCGCUUCUCCGUUGCUUGCUUUAUUGCGUGAGCGCCGAGAACGCCCCGGAGCUCCCGCAAUACAUAUGCAUUGAGUGCAGUAAGAGCCUUCAGGUGGCCUACUAUUUCCUGAAGAAUGCGCAGCGGGCCCACGAGAUCCUGUGCAGGAAACUGUGCCCUAAGGGUGUAAAGAGAUUGAAUGGCACCUUGGCCCAAGAGCCGGAGAAAAAAACAGGAGAUUAUGCCCUCGAAGAAACGGAGGCGGAGAUGAGGCCCAUGAAAACCAUGCGCCAUGAAUGCCAGGUGUGCGGAGUGGUGCUCUACAAUCGUUUGGAGCUAAAGCAGCACAUACGUCAGCAUGCAGAGGGAAUCUCCUACAACUGCAAGUUGUGCAGCCUUGUCACGCUGAAACAACGUGUUUUACUGGAGCACUACAUGACCAACCAUGGCUUGUCCCCUAGGCAGGCGGAGGAGCAUAUGAAAUUAAAGAAUCUGCCAGCAAGCAAGGACGAAGAGCCCAAGCCAGUGUGUACACUGGAAGACAUGGAACUGCUGAUACCCACAGUUCUAACGCCAGAUGACUAUGCGCAGCCACUGCCAGCGAUAGAUCCUGAGCAGCUGCGCGACAUCGAGCAGCAACUGGCCGUCAGCAUGGGUGAGACGGCGCCGGGAGUCGAUACACUCACUUCCACCUUGCCACCGAUGGACACGCCCAAUAUGAGCAUCGGCACCGAGUACCUUGUUCUCCCCGAUGGCUCGCUGCAGCAGGUCAACGGAAGCGGCGUGGUCAUAGAGUAUAUUGACGAUAGCAAGCCGAGCAAUCCCUCCAAUAUCAAUAUUAGCCUGCAUAACCUUCUGUCCAGUAGUAAUGAAAACGAAGGGAUAGAUAUGGAUGUCAAUGAGCUGAUAGUAGAGGAAACAAUGCCGCAGAUAAGAAUCAAACCAAAGCCAACCAUUGGCGGAUCGCCCAUUUACAAGCACAAGUGCAAACUUUGUCCCAAAACGUUUUCCACUGUGGCGCGCCUUAAAUCUCACCAAUUGACCCACAGCAACUUGCCCAAGUUCUUCUGCGACCAGUGCGAUUUCUACUCGCUGCGAAGCGCCGAUCUCAUUCAGCACUACAAGAUGGUUCACCAUCGCUCAGAUGAAAACGGCAGGAGCGGCAAUAACACAGCACUGGGCGGUGAUUCGCGCGUAUACUCGUGCGACUUGUGCCUCUUUGAAACACACACUCCCCUUCAGCUAAGGUCUCACUACACGGAGCUGCACAAGAUUCAGACGACGGAAGUGCAACUGCGUCCGAGUUGGACGGGUGAGGCAGGAGCCAGCUCGGUGCGAACUGCAAGGAAUACUGUUUCUUCCAAGGAACAGCUGGCGGCCAGGAGAUCAGACCAAGUCAACAUCCCUGUGAGCAUUAAAUAUCCGACAAUUGUUGCGCAAACACAGGUACCAGUGCAACAACCGGAGCCAAUGGUCAGUACACCAACGACCAUCACGCAAACGGGGGGACUCAACGUGUUGGUGGAUACCACGCCGCUAUUCUAUGCGAUGACCCAAAAUUCGACGGUGGUGACCAAUUCGAUUCCAGGGACAGCGGAUGUGGAAUCCAGUACAGAGGCCAACAACAAUGCAUUUGAAAUCUUUCCGGAAAUCUCAGAGGGCAACCUGCCAGUGAACGAUUCCGAUCAGCAAAUUCCAGCCUCUACGGCUAACAUCUCGAUAAUGCCAAUGAACGAAUCCGUUCAGCAAACUUUAGCUAAUGCGUCGAACACUUCGAUGUUGCCUGUGAACGAACCCGUUCAGCAAAUUCCAGCAAAUGCGUCUAACACUUCGAUAUUGCCAAUGAACGAAUCCGUUACACAAAUUCCAGCAAAUGCGUCAAACAUUUCAAUGUUGCCUGUGAAUGAAACCGUACAGCAAACUCCAGCUAAUACGGCAAACAUUUCAAUUUUUGGGGACAUGCAGGAAUUUAUUGACAACACCGAUGUGGCUGCGAUAUGCACCAUUCCCGCGGAUGACAUGCCCGUUGUUGAUGGUGAUGACAUUGUGAUCGAUAAUAACAACAUCAGUCUGGACUUUGAUGCUGAGAAUUUGUUUGAGGAGUUUGAGGAGGAGGAAGAUGCGGUCGGAGAAGAGGAGGAGGAAGAUGACAACGAUGACGAGAAUGAUAACAAUGACGCCGCUACGGAUCAGAAUCUGCUGCUAACCAGCGACGAUGAUGAUGUAGACGACUUUGAUGACGAGCAAUCGAAGCAUUUGCAGAAGCCAUACUGCAUAUACUGCAACAAAAAGUUUACCAGCCAGUAUAAGUUCGAAAAUCACAUGUUUGUCCAUCGGGGGUUGGCGCCAUAUCGGUGUGAGCUGUGUACCAACCUUUACAACUUGAAACGAUUGCUGAUCAGGCACUACAAAUCGGUACAUAAACGGAUGCCGACGAGGGAUAUGGUUCAGGCCAAGGGCGAUAAGGUUUCCGUAGCCCGCUCCAACAUUGAGAAGCUCUAUCCUGGCAAGAUGAAGAAGCCCAUGCUGAUGUGCGCAAAAUGUCCGUUUGAGUGCGAAGCGGAUGCGGAAAUGAAGAAGCAUUUAAAUGCCCACCACGGCAUCAAUGAUGGUGUGUCCGUGCAUGCAAACGAGGUGUUUAUUAUACGCAAACUACCUUUUGAGUGCCCGCGCUGCAUUCGCUCAUUUGCGGCCAAGAGCACCCUCAGCCGCCACCUGCAGCGCAGUCACUUGGUGGACACGAUCAUUGAGAUGCCAACGCCGCAAACGGCGGACAGCACCACAACAGCAACUUCAACGGCUACAAGUUCCGAAACGGAGAAUCCGGUCCAAGAUGAUAACAAACAUAUUGUGAUGGUACAGACGGACGGUGGGGCUGAGAGGAUGACAACUGAUGCUUCAGGCAAUAGCGUUGGCAAUGAAGGAGCGGGCACCGAUGAUGGAUCGUCAAUAAAAAUGGAAUCGGCAAUGCCAGAGGAAGAACUUGAUCCAGUCACACUGGAUGCAGCCACAGCGGUGACGACAACAGCAAUAGCAGCCGCAAUAUCAGCAGCAGCAGCGGCAUCUAAGUCAUCCGAAUCACCCAUCACUACAACAACCUCAUCAUCCAAUACCCUUUUUCCCACACCCACACCGUUUGAUUUCGAUUAUGACUUUAUGGGGGAAACAGGCCAGCGAUCCACUCCCAACCCCCAUUCCAUUACCAGAUCCACUAAUAUGAAUGCUCCGUCCGGGAGCAGCGUGCUUAACGGCAGCGACAAGCUGCUGACCACCGCCGCCCUGGCAGCAUCGCCAGUAAAGGGUCUUCGAUCCAACACCCGCCUGCCCCGCCACUCCAUUUACACGUGCAAGGUGUGCAACACGCCUUUCGACGAGCUGGGCAAGUUGGUUAAGCAUGAAACGGAGUUCCACUCCAAUACAGAGCCAUCGCGCUGGGGCUAUCAGCACAAGUGUGCCGUCUGCAAUACUUCAUACCGCACACUAACGCUGCUCAAGUUUCACAUGAAGCGGCACACCAGCCGGAGAAUACAGUGCCGGUUAUGUCCUAAAACAUUUGUGACCAACCAGGAGCUUGACAGGCACACAAAGGGCAAACACGGAAGAGAUAAGCCGUUGCGGUGUUCCUUAGAUGGCUGCCGCAAGAUGUUUGCCUUCAAGCAUCAUUUGGUUCGCCAUCAGAACGCCACGCAUCUGGACACACCACACAAAUGCCCUGUUUGUGACAAGGAAUUGCAGUCCAGGCUACAUUUGAAAAAUCAUAUGAUCGUGCACAAGGGAGCGGUGUGUAUUAAGUGUCCCAAAUGUGAUCGACCCUAUAUGCGACCUGGCAGACUCCAAUCACAUGUCCUCAAUAUUCACAACAUCCGCCUGACCGCCGAAGAAUUGACUGCCAUCACCUCACAGGCCCAGGCCCAUCCUCCAACUGAUCUGAAGGUAAAGACGCGUCGUAGGGAUCUGGAUGGGGAAAAGGAAAUCCACGACGAGACCGCAGCUGCUGCUGAUAAUUCCAAGUAGUUCCAAAUCAUGCUGACAGCAAUCAAGCAAAGUAAUCGCACAAUGUACAAAGUUUGAUAUAGUCUAGUACUGUUUCUCAUCCCCGAUUUAGCACAUCUAAUGUCUUGAAUUUUUCAUGUUAACUUGUAGAUUAAUCUUACCCUCUCAUAUCCUAAGUUAUAAUGCAAACACAAAUUUAUCCAUCGUUCGAUUUUGUAUAGCAGAUAGCGAUGGAAUGCUAGAAAAUAAACUUUGUUAAUGUAUUAUAUUCACCCGAAACUAGGGUGCCCAAAUGGCAACAUGUAACUUAUAGAACCGCCUUAAUUGUAAUAUUUCGAAACAAGCCUCAGGGUGUCAUAAAUUCCGCAUUUUGAUUCCCCAGUUAUUGAGGCAAUCUCCACCAGCUGGCUCUGCUUUGGCCAAAGAGAAAAAGCUUCACAAUUAGUCGUAAGCAUCCAAUAUACUGUAAUUUUUUUUUUUUCAUUGCAAAUCGACUCUUUUAUGGGUCAUGUAUUUUAUAUAUUUGCGAGCAAUAAAUGUCCUUAAUAGAAUAA